CCUCCAUCGCAACUACACCUCCACCUCUCCUCUUCUACGCAUAGAAAGAUGGUGCUCGAAACCAUCUAUGUCCUCCGGCACGCCAACAGGGUCCAUUACAACCUCGACUCGAGAACGGGCGUCUACAGCUCAGCUUACGGCAUCGCAAACCCCACUGGCUUGGGCAAUGAUCCCGUUCUAGCAGCGCACGGCGUCGAACAGUCUAUAGAGUUUGCGAACCAUGUCUUACAGCUCGACCCGCCAGUAGAUAUCAUCUACUCCAGCCCGUUUUAUCGAUGCCUGCAAACGCUCACUCCGGCGCUUGAAACGAUAUUUGCGCAGCGGAAAGAGUUUCCUUUAGUGAGAGUGGAGAAUGGAAUUGGAGAGUUCUUCGGCCGCGCCCACUUCCACCACCCCUCCCCAGCGCCCCCUUCCGUCCUCUUAAGCCACUUUCCCAGCAUCGAUCCAACUUACACCCCCAUCAUCACCCCAGCUACAAACGGUGAGACCAUCCCCGGCCUACACGACCGCCUCGCAUACGCCCUCUACCGCAUGAUUAUGGAGCUCGACGACCAUCCCGCGAAGCCGCGCUCCGUGCUAAUAUGCUCGCACGCCGCGACCAUCAUCGCCGUCGGCCGCGUGCUGACGGGACGGAUGCCGGAGAACGAAUCAGAACACGACUUCGACGCUUUCACGUGCGGGCUGUCGAAGUUUAAUCGGAGGGUGAGGAGUCCUGUGAGGGGAGUGGUGGGGGGUUGGGACUGCGAGUUGAAUAGCGACUGCAGUUUUCUUGCUGGCGGGCAGGAGUAUGGAUGGCAUUUCAACGGAGACGAAUCGUUCAUAGAUGAUAAGAAGUCGAUGCUAUAA